CAGACGACGUCGUUGUAGUCACCGGGCUUCCUUACAACUACUGCCGACUUGAAUGACGAGCUAACUGAGACAUGGCAUGCAAAAAAAUAAAAAUAUUUUCUACAUUUGUAUAAACAAAACAUUCGAAAACGUUGUCGAUAUGCGAUGGGGAGUCCGUGAUGAAGCCACAGACGAUCACAUGACAACCGAAUUAUGCAUGCGCGAAAUCAAAAAUUGUCAACGUCUCUCGAUGGGACCGAAUUUUGUGGUAUUUUUGGGUCAAAAAUACGGCUAUCGUCCAAUUCCGACGUACGUUCUGUCAUCUGAGCUCAAAUUGAUCACUGAUGAACUUUCGGCGAUGGGCAUCGAUCCCAUUCUGAUGGAUACGUGGUACAAAAAAGACUCCAACGCGGUGCCUCCUGUGUCGAUUUUGCAACCGGUGUCAUCGAUUCUCGUCAAUUUCAUCAAUAAACGUGUCCCGAAGUUGCAGGCGGAGGAUCAAGCUGUUUGGUGGGACACGUUGGGUAAGAUGCAAAAACUUUUCCGCAAAGCGACAGCUUCACUUUUUGCAGCUGGGAAAAUGACCAAAGAUGAAAUGCAUAAUUACUACAUGUCAGUUACUGAACGUGAAGUCAUUAAUGGUAUCCUGAACGUUAAGAAUACGAAAAAUCAUACGCUCGGCUAUAUCCGCUACAUAAAUAACAUAAAUUUGCAAAAUUUGAAAAAAGCUUCGCUGUAUGUCGAUAUAAUUAAUCGCAGUGUAGACACUGAAGCUUCCAAGCUGCUUAGUGACCUACGAGAUGUUCGAGUUCCCGCUAAAAUUGAGGCAACUAAUCUGCAAAAAUACACAAUUGAAUGGAUUGGUCGCGAGGGUCUCGAUCCAGAGACGCACGAAGAGUAUUUGGCUCAUUUCAUCACGCAUUUUUACAAAAAUAUCGUGAAACUCGUGGAUCGCGCGAUGCGUAAGGAAGAUUCAUCCGCUCAGGGUGUCAUCAUUACGGAAAUUUUGCAACAUUUGCAUGCCUGUAUGAACAGUGUGAAGGUCUUUUAUGGACGUGAAGAGAACUUGGAUCACAUUGAGCGCUACAUUUUGGGCGAAUCAGACAAACCUUUGGUCCUCUACGGCGAAGGCGGAUGCGGAAAAACUUCGUUGCUUGCGAAAUCUUGUUCAUUGGCGGCAAAUGUGUGGUAUGCUGAUGUCAAACCUAUCAAUAUUAUUCGAUUUUUGGGCACUACUCCAGACUCAAGUGCUCUCACGCCGGCACUCAUCAGCAUCUGUCAACAAAUUUCCUACAAUUUUAUGAUCCCCUUCGAUACAAUUCCCGAUGAUUUGGUCCCCUUGACGGCUCAUUUCAAGCAAAUGUUGACAAUGGCAACGAAACAACAGCCGCUUUUGCUCUUUUUGGAUUCCGUUGAUCAAUUAUGUGGCGCACAAGACACAAACAAGCUCUCAUGGCUUCCAACUCGCCUGCCGCCAUACUGUAAAAUUGUCCUUUCGUGUGCGCGCGAAGAGCAAAACCCCGUCGUAAGUCAAGAAUAUCACCUUUUACGUCGCAUGAUCGAUCGCGAGGAGAAUUUCAUCGAAGUAACAGCGCUCGGCGAGGAUUUAGCGAUGAACGUCAUCAAAAAAUGGAUGGCAACAGCAUGUCGUGACUUGACAAACUACCAAUGGCGUCUCGUCUCGAACGCCAUAAGCAAGUGUUCGCUCCCAAUCUUUGUAAAACUGGUCUUUGCUGAGAUUUGUCGUUGGCGCAGCUUCACGAAACCGCAAGAUUCGCACUUGGCAUCGACGGUAAUGGAUUCGAUCAUGAUGUUGUUCGAGCGAAUUGAGAAACAGCACGGAAGAUUGUUGGUUUUUCAUGCUUUGGCGUACAUUACAGCGGCAAAAUCGGGUCUUUCGGAGUCGGAAUUGGAAGAUUUGAUCUCGUUGGAUGAUCGUGUCUUGGAUGACGUGUAUCAGUAUCAUUUGCCGCCCGUUCGUCGAAUUCCGCCGCUACUGUGGACUCGUAUCCGGAACGAUUUGCCGAAUUAUUUGAGUGAACGUGAAGCUGAUGGUGUGAGUGUCAUGAAUUGGUACCAUCGACAAUUUCGGGAUACAGCUCGUGAACGUUACUUCAAGAACAUGAACAUGGCAAUUUAUUUCCAUUCGAUGAUUGCGGAUUACUAUUUGGGUACGUGGGGCGGCGGUAAUCCCAAACCAUUUAAAUUUACCGAAAUUCAACGUCAUCGCUUCAAUUUGACCGACAAAGAGGGCAUUGCGGAUCGUAAAGUACCCAUCCAACCGUUGGUCUUUUACAACAAAGAAGGAAAAGUCUCACGUUAUAAUUUACGGAAAUUCGGUGAGCUUCCGUUUCAUUUUGUACGAUCGCGUCGCUUCAAGGAUUUGUACGAACAUGUCCUUUUCAACUACGAUUGGUUACACGCAAAGUUGUCAAGUUGCCCGUUACAAGCUGUUUUAGCGGAUUUUGAAGAUGCCUCGAUUAAUGUUGAAGACCAGGAUUCUCGACGUGAACUUUUGCUCGUAGCUGACGCUCUCAGACUUGGAGGCGCAAUUCUCGGUGCAUAUCCGGAUAUGUUGGCACCCCAACUGAUCGGAAGAUUGUUACCCGAAAUUGGGGGCAAUCCAAAUAUUAAAAUGUUACUUGCAGCUUGUGACAGAUCUGGACCAAAACAUUCCGCAUUGAUUCCAAUUAACCAUUGCUUGCAUACUCCCGGAGGUCCGUUGAAGUAUUCCCUCGAAGGACAUCAAUUCGCCGUUUUUGGUUUUUGCUUGACGAGCGACAUGCGAUACAUGGUGUCAAUUUCCACGAGAUUCAUUACGUUCGAUUUAUCGACGUCGGAUUUGACGAGAGAUGUCAAUCCAGGCAUCGAAGGCAUUAUGCAAGAGUUGAUUUUGAGUCCGGAUAACAAAUGGGCAGCGGCAUACACGAAUAACAGUCAAACGGUGCUUUUGAAUAUGUUAUCGAGCGAAUUUAUUGUCAUUAAUAAUCCGUUUGAGAAAGAUGAUGAAGUCACGGGAGUCUUUUUGCUGAAUCAGGACUUGUUUAUUCAGACGAAACUCAAAUGGGCACGAUUUGAUAUGAGAGGCACGCAAAUUGAGCAAGUAGAGGCGCCUGAUGUUACACCAGAUUGGCAUAUUUUGAAGAUGGAAUUUCCUACUAUCAGUGAGUAUUACGUCAUUUAUUGGUCAGGUCAAAUCAGUGAGACUCGCUUACGACUUGACACAAAGAAAGAUGAGUGGGAAAUUGAUCCUGUACGAUUUCAUAGUGCGAUGGUUUUCAACAAAACUCGCACUAAAUUUUACUGUUGUCCUGACGAGGAGAAUUAUCAAGUCAGUGAAUUCGUUUACACAGAAAAAGAGGAAAACAUCGCCGAAUGGGUUCGUGCUCAAGAUCUUCCUCGAUACGAAAACGACAUUAAAGAAAUGUUGUUGCAACUAAAACUCGACCAAACUGAUCGUUUUUUGAUGGCAACUACGGGAAAUGGCUUCGUUUUGUGGGACUUGGAUUUGGAAAAUAAACUCGGCGAAGGUGCAAUGUAUCUCGCUUUGCCGCACGGCGUCAGAAACAUUUCGACAAAAAUGAUGACAAGCAACUCGAUGAUGAUCUCUUCAAUGCAUGACUAUGUCGUAGCGGGCGUUCGCAAGAAUUUGUACGUUUGGAGCAUUCAAACGCAGCAACUGAUGAAAGUUCUUGACGCGCAUUUUGGUCGCAUCAUACAAUUGGAAGCGUUAACUGUGGGAAAUUGGAAUAGCGUUAUCACAUCUUCGAUCGAUCGUUCUGUCAAAGUUUGGAAUAUCAACAAUAUUUUUGAGCAAGUUCACGUUAUUGAUCGUCACGAAUUGCAAAUUGAUAAUCUCAGUUUAAGCAAAGAUGGCGAACUUGCAGUUACUGUAACUCGUGGAUGUGUCGGCGUAUGGGAGAUUCGUACAGGUCGAUUGUUGUCAAAGCUUGCUGAUAGUCCUUUAGGUGCAAUUGUAACACAUGCAGAGAUCACUCCCGACUCUCGUUACAUAAUUUCUUCGGAAACUGGAAAGAUGCUCGUUUGGAAUCGCGUCACCGAGCAAGUUCUCUCGCGUGACGAUCAACCAGGAGUGCAACAAAUCUCACUUCUCGACAACGGAGAGAAAUUUUUGACCGUUUCUUGUCCGAAUAUCAAUGCCGCAUUAGCAAGCAACUCCGCGGAUGAGUGUAAUUUGAAGGCAACCGCCAUUGUGCGUCACAUUCCAAGCGGAACAAUUCAAUAUAGCUUCGAGUAUCCCGUAAGAGUCAUGCCGGGCAUUCCAUUCCGUUGUGCUGUGGUGUCAUCUGACGACGCCUACAUCAUUGUUGUCACUCUGGACAAGACAAAUAAGGAUUGCAUGAGUGUUUAUAACGCUGCAAAUGGUCAACACUUGCACAAAGUAACUUUGAAAGGAUGCGGCAUCAAGGAAAUCUUAUCUCUGAUCCCGAUGCCGCACAAAUCGAACUACGUGGCAGUCAUUGCGCAUGAAAAAGGAGCAAUUUUGGACAUCAAAACGAAAAAACUCGUUCGUUCUAUAUCAAAAUGGCAAGGACAUUGCACUAAAGAUGGCAAAUAUGGACUUUACGCUCCUUCGAGAGGCGGAUUGGAGUUACUUGAGCUCCGUAAAGGUUCUACCGUAAAAACAUUCAUACCAAAAGUAGCUGAAGGUGUUUUUACAGUCAUUUGUAUGUUCACCGAAGGCGAUGAGUAUGUCCUGUACUAUCAUAGUGGCAAAAAAACGUUGCGUGUCUUCCGGGUUUCGGAUUGCGAGAUGAUCAGUAAUUACAGAAUGCAGGCUGAGUUAACGGCAAUUCGCAGUACAGCUGAUGGCAAAAGCAUCGUUUUGGGUACCGUCGAUGGAUGUAUUUCGGUGUUGGCGAUUGCAGAUCCGCAAAAUGAAAAUAACUUUGAUUAUUUGCAGAAAUUGCCGUCGCGCGAUCCAGAUUGGAAGAAAAAGUUGGCAAAGCUCAAAGCAGCUGCAAGAUUCAAGGCUGCAGCACGUUUGGCAAAAAUGUCCUUGAAAUAUUCCGAAAACGACGAUAACGAGCAUGACAAUGGCGAUAGCGGCAGUGGUCAAAAUGAGAGCAACUAAAUAUUCUCCAC